CACAGCCGGGACUUCGCUCCUUCUUCACCGGCUCUCACCGCGCCGUCUCCCGGCAGGAUAACGGCCUCCUCCCCGCUGACAGGCCCGCAGUGACGGCUCGUCAUUCGCUCGGUUUUCUGUCGUUUACACUUGUUUCCUUCAACGUUUCCAGGGAUGCGAAAGCGGAAUAACUCGGUGACUGCGGAGCCUGACAGCGGGACCACCGGCACUCUGCUGGACAGCGACCCGGAUCUGAAGCAGCGUCCCGGCAGGGGAGCAGCGGGGCUCGCAGCCGGCGACCGGCAGGGCCCGGCAGAGGAGCGGAGUAUGGGGAAACCGUUCAGGAGGUUGGGUGUGAUGGGGAAGCUGAAGAGGAUCCUGCUGUGGCUGCUCGUCGUCUACGUCUCCAUCCCCUUCAUCAUCAAACUCUGUCCAUCCAUCCAGGCCAAACUCGUCUUCCUAAACUUCGUGAGGAUGCCGUACUUCAUUGACCUGAAACAACCUCUGGACCAGGGACUGAACCACACACACAACCGCUACCUGGAGCCUGAAGCUGGACUCAAGAUCGGAGUCUGGCACACAGUUCCUGCUCAGAUGUGGAGAGAAGCUCAGGGGAAAGAAGGCGAAUGGUAUGACUCCACGUUUAGCUCCACCCACCCCGUCAUCCUCUAUCUCCAUGGAAACGCAGGGACUAGAGGAGGAGACCACAGAGUCCAGCUGUACAAGGUCCUCAGUUCAUUAGGCUACCAUGUAGUCACCUUUGAUUACAGAGGCUGGGGGGAUUCGGACGGCUCUCCAUCGGAGGGGGGGAUGACAUCAGAUGCCCUCUUCAUCUAUGAUUGGCUGAAACAGCGUCUGGAUAAAAAGCCGCUUUAUAUCUGGGGACACUCUCUGGGGACAGGAGUUGCCACAAACCUGGUCAGACGACUGUGUGACAGAGGAAGUCCUCCUCACGCUCUGAUCUUAGAGUCUCCAUUCACCAACAUCAGAGAGGAGGCCAAGAGCCACCCCUUCUCCAUGGUGUACAGAUACCUGCCCGGCUUUGAUUGGUUCUUCCUGGACGCCAUCACAGCCAACAACAUCCGCUUCGCCAGCGACGAAAAUGUGAAUCACAUCUCCUGUCCUGUGUUGAUUCUCCACGCUGAAGACGACGGUGUGGUUCCCUUUCAUCUGGGCAAGAAGCUAUACAACAUGGCUUCGCAGUCAAAGAGCCUCAGUGGUCACAAGGUUCAGUUCGUUCCCUUCUCAUCGUCUCUGGCCUACAAGCAUAAGUUCAUCUACAGGAGCCCAGAGCUGCCAAACAUCCUCAGCGAUUUUCUCGGCUCAGCUCAUCCCGACUCACAGUGAGAAGGACGACACACACUCUCACUGCACCACACACACACUUUACUCUUUGUUUUCAGUGUGACUGAUGGGACUGAACACACA